AUGAGGCUGUCAUCGGGCUGGACGACGCUGCUCUACCUGCUGCUCCAUGGAGCUGCUACCGUCUGCACAGAUUAUUCCUUUGUCAGAUUUCUUGGGAUCAGUAGCUGGUGGUGGCCGGUUUAUGUUAAAAAGCCGCCCAGUAACCCCGGAAGGUUUGCCAACGCCACCUUGGUGCGGCUGGCUGACUUCCUGAGCGCUGGAUAUAAGAAAGGAGUGAGACCUGUGAGGGACUGGAGGACGUCUACUGUCGUUGCCAUAGACCUCAUGGUUUACUCCAUCCUCAAUGUGGACGAGAAGAACCAGGUAUUGACGACGUAUGUGUGGUACAGGCAGUCGUGGACGGAUGAGUUCCUGGUGUGGAACCCAGAGGAUUUUGAUGAAGUCAAGCAAGUCUCCCUGCCUACAGCUAACGUCUGGGUUCCUGACAUUCUCAUCAACGAGUUCGUCGAUGUGGGGAAGUCUCCAGAUAUUCCUUACGUCUACGUUACACAUGAGGGUCUGGUGCAGAACUACAAGCCCAUCCAGGUCGUCACCGCCUGCACACUCAACAUCUACAACUUCCCGUUUGACGUCCAGAAAUGCAGCCUCACCUUCCAGAGCUGGCUCCACACUAUCGAUGACAUCAACAUCACCCUGAUGCGAAGCCCCGAGAAGCUCCGGGACGACAAGAGCGUCUUCAUGAACCAGGGAGAGUGGGAGCUGCUGCACAUUCUGUCCAAUUACAAGAUCUUCAGCGUGGACAAUGACGACUACUACGCAGAGAUGAAGUUCCACGUGGUGAUCCGACGGCGGCCGCUGUUUUACACGGUGAACCUGCUGCUGCCCAGCGUCUUCCUGAUGGUGAUGGACAUCGUUGGUUUCUUUCUGCCUCCAGACAGCGGAGAGAGAGUUUCCUUUAAGAUCACUUUGCUGCUCGGCUACUCGGUCUUCCUCAUCAUCGUGUCCGACACGCUGCCUGCCACGGCCAUCGGAACGCCACUGAUAGGUGUGUACUUCGUGGUCUGCAUGGCUCUCCUGGUGAUCAGCCUAACAGAAACCGUACUGAUUGUUCGUCUGGUCCACAAGCAGGAUCUGCAGCCACCUGUCCCCCACUGGGUGAAGUACCUGAUCCUGGAAAGAGCUCCGGUUCUCUUCUGCAUCCACAAAAAGCACCGCUUCUGUGCGAGGCUGUCGUCUCAGGCUUCAGAGCUGGAUCACUCCAAGGAAAACAACUACGGGACGGCCCAGUGCUCCCUCCACCACACCUGUGAGAUAGGCCAGAGGCUCAGCCAGCAAGAGAGAGAGGGUGGAAUGCUUGGCCUUCGCCUGGCCCCAUCCAGGGACAACACGCCGCCCGUCAUGGACAACAUCCUCCACGAGGUGACGGCCAUUCGGCAGUUCCUGGAGAAGAGGGACCGGUGUCGGGAAAUAGCCAAGGAGUGGCUCCAGGUUGGCUACGUGCUGGACGUGCUGCUCUUCAGAGUCUACCUAGUGGCCGUGAUCGCCUACAGCAUCACACUGGGCACUCUGUGGUCGGUCUGGCAGGUGGCCUGAGUUUCGCCCCUCCACCCAGUCAGCGGAGGUCAAUCACAAAUAAGGAUAUCAAGUGUAAGUGGCUGAAGCUCAUCGGAUAAAAGAGGCAUUCAUGAAUAGAGAAAUAACUCCUCUAGAUGAGGCCACCAUGUAAAUUCAGAGGACGAGACACUAAAAUGUCCUCGUAAACAUUAUAAUUUAGGCCUAAUCUAGCAGUUUGAAGGCAUAUGACUGAAAAGUAACAAGAGGGGCUUCAUCAGGAGGAACACAAAAGCUUUCUGAGACGAUCCAAAGGCACAUUGGCAUUCUGUCCCAAUCUGUUUUAGGUGCAGUUAAUACACAUCGUUACAGGGGAUAAAACAGGGACAUUAGUGAAGCCAAAGCUAAGUUUUAUCCCAGAUAUCUACUGAGUUGAAGAAACUAGGAAAUGAAAAACAAUAAUCUGAAGAUGGGAAAUGAUAAUAAACUUGGUUACCAAAUGAGAAAAUAUGUAAGAAAAAUCUAUGAAUAUGUAAAUGGACGCUAUAUUGCUACACAAUUAAUGACUUAAUAUAUGUAAAUGGGUAACAAAUUCUUUAGGACUGCUUUUCGCAUUUAGAUUUUCCUGAACCUGAAACUAAGGAAAUGUGAAGUGGGACAGUUUUUGGAGAGCUACACAUUAAGGCUAUUGACACAAAGUUUAUCUCUCCAUAUGAAACAUAAAACAAACAAACAAAAAAAAAAUAAAAUAAACUGACAACUUUAAUAUUACUUACAGAUUUAAAGCAGUUUUAGAUUUAAAGAGCUCAGCUCAAUUUAAUAAUUUUUCAGUUGGCAAAUGUAGAUUAAUAAAAUUCUGUAAGCAGACAAAGAAAGUGUUAUAUUAAAAUAUUUAAUCUCUUUGUUGCUAAUUACUACAGGCUACAACUGUAGUUAGCAGUUUCUGGUUCUCUCUCUGUUCCUCCUGUCCCCCAGAGCUGCGGACAGGAAGCUACAAAUACCCAAUAAACUGGCAUUUAUAUAGCAAAAGUUAGCUGUUCUCUGCAUAUUAGCUAAAUUUAGCUGAUGCUAGAAUAUAAAUUUAUGUUAGCUCACUAACCUUGGCUAAUCUUGUAAUCUGAGCUAACUCGUAGAAAGCCAAAACCUCAUCUCUUACUUUUACGUUCUCGUCUGAGGUUAAUGUACAUUUUGCAUUGUCUGAUGCUGGAAAGUACAAUUCGGCUAACACAGUGUACUACAACAAGACAGUAACAAUGUUUUUGUUUUUUUUGUUUUUUUUUAGUGCAACAUUGUGCGCAUUUUUGUGCCAACGGAAAAUAAUGCUGUGUGUAAUGACCGGAAAAAACCCGCUGUAAACAUUUCUACUAUGUUGUAAAAUAUAUCUUCAAUUUUGAAGACACAUUUAACGUGAAAUCAUUUUAUUCCUCUCCAA